AUGAAUAAAGAAACACGGUUAUUUGGUUCUAUAUACCUUCCAGGAAGCUCCAGAGAAGGAUUGAAGGUAUCCCAGGCAGACGAAUUCGACGCCCUGCUGUUGUUUAAUAUUGAAGGCAUGAACUUUAAGGUGAACCAUCUUAAAGACGAAGACGACAAGGUUUUACCAGAAUUUGGACAGCUCAUUGCUGAAGGGUUAACAGAGUUUGGAUACCAGUUUAAAUACCAAACCCUCGAUAAGAACGAUGUGUUCUUCUUCAACAGAAAAAUCAACAAAGUUUGUCUUAACUCCAGAAACCUUCACGAAAAGGUUUUCAAAUCUAUCAUCGCGAAGGCCGCUAAUGCCGUUGAAACAAGAGUGAACAGGAGAGAAACUUACCAACAGUUUGGUUUUGCUAUUCAGAAGUUUAGUAUCAAUCCCCCGUCAGUAAAUAUCCAAAUUAAACUGGUGGAGAAAGACGGUUACUAUGACUACGGCGGGCACCUGCGACGCUGUGUUGUGUUAGAGUCAGCUGCAGUAGAAACUGUCAUAGAUGUUGACAUUGUUCCAGGUUUGGAAUUGGGCAGAGAUGUGGUGCCCGAUCCAAAAGAUUGGAACAAAACAACGGAAUGUCCCAGAUACGCUGUUUUCAAAUGGUUCACCGACAACCAGCCGUCAGCAGCGUUGUACGACAGUCCACCAAACAUUCUCUGGCGUAUGUGUACUUCUGGUUACGAAAAACACGUGCUUGAUGUGUCACGUGGUUCAAAAGAACAAAGUUAUAUUGUCACGGCUUUGCGAAUCAUGAAACUUGAAUUCAGGCAGCGUAAAACAGAUUGGUAUCGUCAACCACCACAAGUUGUUACGGUUCUACGUUCUUACCACCUGAAACACAUUGCCUUCUACUGUAUACUGUAUCUUACUAUCAUGAACAAGGUGAAACUGUCAGGAGUAAGAGAAGCUCUUGCCUAUUUUCUAGAGUUUCUAGGAGUUUGCCUGGAAGAGCGAAGACUACCGCAUUUCUUUCAAGCUAACGCAUUACUUGUGUACAUGUUUCCGAAUUACACAUUCGACGACCAGAGUCUACGGUACGAUUUGUUGUCUGGAAAGUCAUGGGAUGCUUUGCGACAGGCUGGCUUGUCAUUCAUUGACCUGAAAUGUGAUCUGGAGAGGCAGUAUUGUAAAGGAUUUUGUACAUACAUGUACAAAGAAUUUUCAGAUGCAUUUAGAGAGUUCGUGAAAAACGGAAAAUAUUACUGUUGACAUGGAACAUAUGUGCACUAAUGAUAAGAGGCCACCAAUUAUUUUCACUUAGACUUCCAUUAUAACAUUAUGGCAUGUACGGUCUUCCAUAAAUCGAAACAUUUAUAUGUAUAUAUAAUCACAUUUUUUUUCUCAAGAACUGUCUUACUUCCUCCAAAAUAUCGGACGAAAAACAUACGAAUAGUGAUACUUUAUCUGAGUAAUUUUCGUGUGAAUGAGAUGCCCCUGUUUACAUAGUUUGCAUGGCGGGAGAAAUUCGUUUGAUAAAAUUGUUUUUCAAUACCCAAAAUGUAGCAAAUAUUGUUAGAAUAUAAUAAUAUACUGUAAUUGUAGUAAAAAAUAUCACUUA